AUGCCUGCCACAGCCGCAGCCAUCGCCGUGGCGGCCAUCCGCCGACUCCCCCCGCCUAUAAGGCCAGCGCCCCCUUCCCCGGUGAACCCUAAUCGCCCACUGGCCCCCUCUCCCUCGUCGCCCUCUCUCUCGCCCAGAGCCGCCCCGCACCCGAUCGCUACCGUCGUCGCCCCGUCAUCACGGCCGGCGUGGCCGUCGGUCACCCCUCGCCGCCUCUCUGUGUCGAGAGGCUCCGGCCGCCUCGCCCUCGCUCUUCUUCGCCGCGGAACGGAGCCGGGAAGCUCCUCCAACGACGCCCGCACUGAAAGCUCGCCAUCCUCAUCUUCUUCUACCUUCGGCCGCUACAACGCCGUCGUCGAUCCGCUCGCCUUCGGUCCUCUCCGACUACAACGAGCACGCCAAGCACCCCGCUGUGAGGCCCUCCCCCGAUUCCCCCUGUUUUUCACUUUGAUCCAUUCGUUUGCGGCCGUCCCCGUGCUUGUUUGUGGCUGCCAUGGCCGGAGCCUCUGCAUCGCCCCGCCCGCGCCGCUCGGUGCUGCGCUACUGCCGCUGCUGCUUCUGCUUGCUGAAGCUGCUACUAGCACUGCUGCUCUCGACCGCUCCCUGCUCGCCCGCUUCCGCGCCCCCUGCUGUGCUGCACGGCCUGCUACCUUCGCCUCUGCUGCCGCCGCUACUGCUGCUCCGUGUGCUGCCGUCUCUGCUAUGGCCCCGCUGCCGCGCGUCGGCCGCCCCGGCUCCGUCCGGCGCCCCCGCCCCAGCUCCGUCCGACGCGCCCGCCCCAGGCCUCCAUGCCUCCUGCCCUGCCCUGCUCACUCGUUGGCGGUGGCACUGGCCAAGUCCAGCCGCGGCUGGCAAGAGCCACCACCAAGUCGGGCCAGCCCCUGA